AUGACAAGAGCCUGCGCUACAUUCAGCACAGCUCUGCGUGUAUCAGCCAUGAAAGCCUUCCCAGAGCCAAAACGCCUCUUGGUAUCGCAAGGACAGUUGAUCCCUCUGUUUUUGAUCAUUGGAUCUGGAGGCGUUGGUGCAGGCCUGUAUCUCAUGCGUUUGGCAGUGUUCAACCCUGAUGUCUGCUGGGACAAGAAAAACAAUCCAGAACCAUGGAACAAACUGUCUCCCAGUGACCAGUACAAGUUCUACUCGGUUAAUGUAGACUACAGUAGACUGAAAAAGGAUCGUCCUGACUUCUGAACAACACACUCAUCUCCAUAAACUGCACAGAAAGGUCUUCCGGAAGCCGUCCGCACAAUUGUCAUGCUUGAUCAUCCAGGAAAUAAUCAAACUUGCCUCACACUGCACUUGGUCAUGUGUGUGAAAGUGGUUUGAUGAGGCUUAAUAAAUGUCUGAAACUUGAA